CAAUGGCAACCCCUCGCUCACUCUGCCGUACCCUCCGCCCCUUCUCCACCACCACCAGACCCUCUCACCGCCAUUUCUCCGAUCCCACCUCCUUAAUUGGGAGCCGCGUCCCCCAGGACAAGGCAAAGCUAGCAGAGCUGCGGAGAUAUUACAACCUACUGGCGCUGCGCAGAGACUACGUGAAGCAUGUGAAGGAGGUCCGCAUCAAGUCCCUCAUGGAGGUUGAGCUCAUGAGGCUCGAGAUGCUCCGCGUCGACGAGGCCCGUCAAGAAGCCCUGAACGAGCAGACCAGGAGGCUCAAGGCUGAGGCCGCUCGGCUUCGCGCCCAAAAGCGGGAAGCCGCCAAGCAGCAGCAGGAACAAACCCUCUUGAAACAGAAAGCUGAAAAACUUGAGAAUUUGAAGAAGAAGGGAAUGCUAAGGGAAGAGAAGAAAAAGGAGAAGAAUCAACUGCUGCGCCAGAGUUCCUCUGGGAUCAAGGAACCAUAACUGGAAAAGAAGAUCUAGAUGGCAUUGUUGAUAGUUGGUACCAUGACCGUUCUGAGUCCUUUUCAUUUCCGAUAUAUGCAAAUUAGUCUAUAGUGUCACCAUAUGAACAAGAUAAUCAGGACUGUGUUUCUACCUGAUCCAAAUAUUAUUCUUUCAUCCCCCCAAUAAUAUUCAGACCAAAGUUGUUUCUUUGUUCAGUUUAUAGAACUAUCGAAUGAUGUUCAAACUUAAAAGAGGGAUUCUCAUCAUGAUUCCCUCGGCAAUGUUGCAAAUUGCUAGCAAACAUGAAAGCAUCAGAUAAUCAACUAGUUUUACU